ACUCUUGCGAAAAAAAUAUUGGCCUAAAGUGAAAGAAAAUUAUUUAUUACAUUUUUUAAAAUCAGCUUCAGUUAUGAAUCCACUCACGUAAGUUUAAAAAAAAAUAAUUUAAGAAAAGAAGCUGAUGCCCAUUAGUAUUAGGAUUAGUAUGUGUGGGACCUACAACUUGGCCUCUUAAGAAUGAAUUGUGAGAAUGAGAGAAGUCUAGGCUAAAUAAUGUGCAAAUUUAAUUAAAAUAAAACGGCAAAAGUAAAGUGUAAGUGUAAACGAUCGAGACGGCGAUUCCAGUUCAUUAGUCAUUAGGCUUAGGCUUAGGCCUCACUCAGUAGGCAGUUGGCCUAAAUUAAAUUUUUUAACAAAAUAAUAUUUAGUAUUUAUACUUUUCUUGAAUUUUAAAUGCUGGGUCUGGCCUUGGUCAUUCUACUAUAGUCUUAUACUAACUUAUAGCCUUAUAACUUACUCAACUACUAACAACUUGCUUACUCAAAACCAAAUUCAAACUCAAACAUAUUAUAUUAUUUAAAUAUAAUUUAUUUAAUUUUUAAAAAUGAAUUAAAUGAAGAAGGACUUAGCCUAUCUAACUUCUAGAAAUGACUAGGCCAGGCCUAACUAUAACUAAGCCUAAAUGUUUAAAUUAUGACUUAUGACUAAGACUAAUUUGUAAAUAUUUUUUGUUUAAAUCUGUACCGUACUGUAUACCUCUUCCCAAAAAAAUAAAUGCAAUUGAAAUGAAAAUUGUGCUUAGUGUUUGCGUAUUUUAUUCAUUUUCAUACAAUAUGUAUUAUUAAAAAUAUUGAAUCAACUUAUUUUAUUAAUUAGGCCUUGGCGUAGCCUAUAAAUAAAUUAUAAUAAAUUAUAAAUAAAAAUGGCUAUAAUUUAGAUUAGGCUAAUAUAAAGUACUGCCUUCCUCAAUUUUCUGUGACCAUAUGCAUUUAAUUUUACCAAAACAACAAGGUUAACUCAUAUUUUACCAUCAUAAAUUCAAUACAAAUGAAAUAGGACAAUCUAUUUAGUCUAUUUACUUGUGAACUUGUUUCCAGUUGAUUUUUAAAAUGAAACUUCUGAGGUUGUAAGUGUCACCAGAAGUCUUAUAUCUGAGUGUCAACUAUGGUAGAGUUUAACACAUUCUUACAGCUGUCAAAAAUAAUUACUUCAGGUUCUAAUUGUCAUAAAGAGCUACUCCCACUGUGCAUGACUUAAAAUGAAUGUUUUUCCCUCUGACAAAAUAAUUCAUUUGGACAAAGUAUUCAGUCAUAGUGCCAUAUCAAUAAUCUUUUACCUUAAGCAUAAAUUAUGACUCAUUAAUUCAUAUAAUAAAGAAUAUUGAUUUCAUUGUCAUCACAAAAAUUUCACUUGUAUUGUGUAAGAUUAUUCCUCUGCACACAUUUUUUUUAUGCCAUACAGUGUUGAGGGUUUUAAAGCUGUUUUUUUAAAAUCUGUAUGAAAUGAUUGAUUUGUAAUUUAUUUUUUAGAAAUUGUUAUUUAUUUUUUAGAAACAUCAAGAAUCUCCAGAAGCUGAACGAAAGGGAACUAGAAUUGGGAAUUAUUGGCAAAAAGUCUUGGCAUGAUGAAUAUAAAGAGAGUGCUUGGAUUUUUGUUGGGGGUCUUCCAUUUGACUUGUCAGAAGGAGACAUUGUCUGUGUAUUUUCUCAGUAAGUUAUGGUGCUUUUAAAAGAGGAAGGGGUAAAAAUAGAGUAUUUCCAAAACUGACAAUAGCCUUCUAAUCUAAAAAUGCUUAACCAUAUUCAGUGGCAUUGUCAAAACAUCCAUAAAAGAGAUUUUGAGGAUAAACAAUUUAAGUAAAUUAUUAUCUCUAUAAUAAUUACUUUUUUGUUAUGGGUCAUAAGUUGAUCCAGUAAUCAACUGUGGUGUGUCCUUAGCAUGAUUCAAUAAAACUGUUUGAAAAUGGACAACACAUACCGAAUGAAUGUAAAACCUUAUAAAUAUUUUAAUGAUUUGAAAUUUUAGAAGAAGUACGCUUUGUAUACUUUUUGAUGUUUGUUUACUUUUAUCAACAACAUUCUAAUGUUUUGUUAAAUCUUAAUUUUGAUUUUAAAUGUUUCAAUAUUAAUAAUAAAGCAUCAUGGUCCAGUUAUUUUAUCAAAUAAAUAUUGUUAUUCCAUUAUUUUAGUAAUGAAACAUGCAUGCCCUUUGAGAUAAAUAUAUUUAUAGUAUCUAUUUUUCACAAUUUUGUUAUAUGCACGUAUUUUUUCUUUCCUUGAAUAAGAUGAACAUUUUAUGGUUACAGUAUUUAAUAGUUUAAUCAUUAUUUUUUAAAAAAUUCAUGCUUUCUAACUCUUUGUACUCUUAUGUUUCAAUUAGAUAUGGAGAAAUAGUGAAUAUAAAUCUUGUUCGGGACCACAAAACUGGGAAGUCCAAAGGUUUUGCUUUCUUGUGUUUUGAAGAUCAACGAAGCACUGUACUCUCUGUGGACAAUCUCAAUGGAAUAAAGGUUUGACUCUUCAUAUUAUAAAUUGAAAAUACCUUAAAUUUACUUUACUUUAUUCAUGUAUUUUUCCUUUGAAAAAUUAUGUUGAUGACCCUUUUGGAUGAUAUUAUUUUAAAAACAUGUAUUUUUCUCUUUGAAUCUAAUUAAAUUAAUUCUUUAUUAUAUCUUAAGUUUUUAUUUGAAUUUCUGGAAGUGUAUGUGUAACGUGUGAUUGAUUUUUAUACACUUCUCAGAUUCUUGGCAGAACUAUACGAGUGGACCACGUUAAGGAAUACAAAGUUCCUAAAGAGCACGGAGAUGAAGAUGAAAUGGUCUUAAAAAUACGCCAAGAAGGAUGUGCGCCAAAAAUAAUGUCUAGUAGUGAGGAUGAACAAAAGGAGAAAAAAGAUGACAAAAAUAAAAUAAAGAAAGGUAAACAAUUACUAGAAAAUCUUCAAGUUUAGCACAAGAAAUUCAUGAAUUGAACUCUGUUCAGUAUGAAUAAGUGCCUUCUGUGUCCUAGGCCGGUUAGAUAAUAAAAAUUAAAAUAUCACAUCAUAUAAUUUUAAGAUUUGUCUGAUAAACUUAGCAGAUACUGUUUUGAUUUAAGUCAUUAUAUAGUGAGAUGUUAACAUGGAUAUCUAGUGCGAUGAUAACAUGGAUGUUAAUGUUAAAGUAACAUGGUUAUUUUUGUGAUGGCAACAUGGAUGGUAGCGGCAGUGAUCUUGGUGAUUCUCCAACCCAUGAGCUGUGAAGAAAGACGAAAUGUAGCUCAUUCUUUAAAAAGACAUGAUAAACUUAGUACACUUGGUCCAUAAUUUUUUUUUAAAAAGAUAUGUUUACAAAGAGGGUACUUUGUAUCAAAUAGUGCCUGGUAAAAAUUUCAUGUCUUUUAAAAUUGCCUUUCAAAACCCCUAGUAUUAAGGUAAAUGCACUAUCGCCCAUCAAAAGUUAACAGUUAAUUUAAUGUGCUAUUGAAGUAAAAUUGUUUAAAAUGAUUUUAACAACAGUGAAUACAAAUAAUGUUUUCAGAUGCAAAAAAGAAGAAGAAGAAGAAGAAAAAGUCCAGAAAAAGUCAAUCCUCAUCCUCUAGCAGUGAUAAGGAUGAAGAAAAGAAUGUUGCAGAUUUACAGAUUAAAACGGAAAAAAUUGAUCCUGAUUAUAAUAAUGCAUUAAAUACUUCAAGACCACCUCGACAAAAUGACAUACAUAAAAAACAGCCCUAUUCAAAACGUGAUGGUGAUCAUAAAAGAAAAAAAAACGAAAGUGGAAGUGACGUCAGUAGAGAUGAUGAUGGGAACAACAGCAGAACAGAGGGAAGGAGUCAGCAUGACAGCUCAUCAUCCAAAACUGACUUGUGUGGAAGACUGAAUUCAAACAGUCACGGCAGGGAGAAACAGAAAGAUGGGGAUAGAGGCAGGCAGAGAGAGAGUGAAAGAGGCAGGCAGAGAGAGAAUGAACGAGGCAGGCAAAGAGAGAAUGAACGAGGCAGGCAGAGAGAGGAUGAUAAAGGCACCCAGAGAGAGGCUGAAAGAGAUAGACAGAGAGAAGGUGAUAGAGACAGAAAAAGAGAUAAAAGUAGAGAAAGAAGUAGAAGCUCUGAAGAGAGGCACAGCAGGCAUCAAGAUAAGCACAAAUCUUAUUCCGGCCAUUCGGCCAGGCAAAGGCCAUAGCAAGCAUUGUGAAAAUUGGCUUUUUUACAAACAACAAAAUAAAAUGCACAGAAAUUAUUUAUUUUCACUAGUCUCUUAUUUUUGUAAAUUUUACAGUAAAUCUGUGUUUAUAAUGCAAGGAAAUUCUGUUUUUUGUGUAGGCAAAUAAAAUAAAAUCUUUUUAUUUAAUGAGUACUGGAGAAACUUUUAGAAAAAAGCGAAUAAAUUACAGGUACUUAAGUUAGGGUUAGGGACUGUCCAAGUUUUUUAAGGUUCAACUCCAUCGCCCAAUACUUCAUAGCGCAUAAUAUUUACUUUACCUAGUAUAGCUGUAUUGCUAAAGAGGCA